AUGCCGUUUAAUGUUGAUCCUAGUAUGGUAAACAGUUUUCAAUCAGCCUGCGACUUCCUUUUUGCUACCUAUAAUCGAUCAAAUGAUCCAAUUUUACAAAACUAUCUCUUGAGACUUGUUAGAAUGAAAUUAACAGAUCGUGCUCAAAUAGUAGGAAGCAGAAUGGAACUCGAUUGUUGGGAUCAUAUUAAAGCUGCUUUAUUUGCUUGCUUCGGUGACAAAAGAGAUUUGGAAUGCCUAGAACAAGAUCUGUUUAUGGCAGUACCAAAUAAAAAUCCAUUAGAUUUUGCUAAAAGAUUACAAGUAUUACGUAGUGCUUUAGCUCAAAAAACUAAUACUUUUCCAGACACUCAUAUGGAUGCAGCCACUAAAUAUAAUAUUCAACAAGAACAGGAAGCAAAUCACAAACAAAUUAUCGAAAAGUUACAAAUUGAAGCUGCUGAGAAAGAAAACUCCGUAAGAAGGUUGAAGAGAAAUUUCAAGGUAUUUGAAGACGAAAUAAUCGAAUCCGAACAAAAAUAUGUCAACACUAUCGAGGAGCAAAAGCUGAGAAUAAUUCAAUUGAAGAACGAAAUAUCGCUAUUUAAGGAAAAUGAUGAAAAGUUUGGGACCGACAUGAAAAACAGUGAAGAACAAAUAUUACAACUGAAGAAACAAAUCAAGGAGCUAAAUGACAUGUCUUAG